GGAUAUAAUUCGGACGUUCACUGGUAUUGACAUAGGAAGCGUCCCCUGCUCGGGAUAUAAUCCGUAGCGUAAAGAAAGAGCGGCCUGUGAGCUAGACGUCACUGCCCGUUCCUUUGACGACAGGGAAACGCAAGAUUACCCACGCUGGGGGUCACGAAACCCCUAACUCUAUCCGGCCGUCGGUUUACACUGACGGCAGACCUCCUCCCCAGCUUGGUUUUAUAAAUACUGUCUGACCAACAUCCUGUUCUUAUCUGUAGUUUUAUGUGCCAUUUGAUCUGACCCGGCCUUCUCCUUUGCUCCCCUCUUCAUUCGCGACCUCUCCCCUCUUUCAGAUACCCCAUUGCUCUACUGCCCUGGUUCCCACACAAUUGCUGUAGAAAACAAAGUCAAAGACAUCACACGACAUCUUGAAAGACCAAGUCAUCAAUAAAGUCCUCCACCAUGUCGAGCUUCAAGCUCCCUCAGCCCAAGAGCAAAAUUGAGCCGUACUCUCCCACAUAUUUCGGUGCCUGCGCGCUGGGAGGCGUUAUUGCUUGUGGACCAACUCACACUGGUGGUACUCCCUUGGAUCUGGUGAAAUGCCGACGCCAAGUCGAUCCGAAAAUCUAUUCAUCCAACAUUAGCGCGUGGAAGACGAUAUACAAGGGUUCCGGCCUGCGAGGUGUCUUCUUCGGAUGGUCUCCGACCUUUAUCGGUUACAGCUUCCAGGGAGGCGGUAAAUAUGGAUUUUACGAAGUUUUCAAGUAUCUCUACGGAGACAAGCUGUUCCCGAACAUGAACAAAACUCUUGUGUAUCUGGGGGCCAGUGCCUCGGCCGAGUUUUUGGCAGACCUUGCCCUUUGUCCAUUUGAAGCUAUCAAGGUCCGCAUGCAGACUACGCUUCCGCCUUUUGCGCACACGAUGAGAGAGGGAUGGUCCAAGAUUGUUGCCAAGGAAGGCUAUGCUGGACUUUACAAGGGCCUUUAUCCUCUCUGGGCACGACAGGUCCCCUAUACCAUGGUGAAAUUUGCAACCUUUGAGACGACCGUUUCGUACAUUUACCAAUUCCUCGGCAAGCCCAAGGAGAGCUACAAUUCGCUUCAGCAGACGGGAGUGUCGUUCUUGGGUGGUUAUAUUGCCGGUGUUGGCUGUGCUGUCGUAAGCCAUCCGGCUGAUGUCAUGGUCAGCAAGUUGAACGCCGAAAGGCAGGCUGGUGAGAGUGCCGUCAAGGCCAUCUCGAGAAUCUACGGAAACAUUGGUUUCACUGGCCUGUGGAACGGUCUCCCCGUGCGAAUCGUCAUGAUUGGUACUCUGACCGCAUUCCAAUGGUUGAUCUAUGACAGUUUCAAGGUUGCUCUGGGACUUCCCACGACUGGUGGUCACUAGAAACAUCUUCUAUCCGUACGAUAAUAACGACUGGUAAUUUUCGGGAUACACGGCGAACGGGUAAUUAGUUUGACUCUUUUGGAGCGCACAAGUCAAUAUUACUAAAGCUCUGUAUUAUGUUUGUCGAUGAUAUUCUUAACAUCUCUUUUCUUGAUUUUCUCAUUAAGCGCCAGAACACCUGUCAUAGACGGUGUGCUAUUCUUCUUUCCGUUUUCAGUAAACUUUUAUAUCCUUUUGACCAUCAUAAUAUGAUGAACAUAGAGAAAGCAAUAAAGCCAUUAUCUUCCAUUC